AUGGGGGUAGACUUGACCAUUAUCAAGGCCAAGGGCUUUCUGUUUCCUGCACAUCCUCUGCCCCCGGCAAAUGUCUUGGACAAUCUUUACAAGAGAUCGGGGCUACGCCCUUCCAAGGAUUCGGCGCCAUCUGACAAGAGCGGUGCAAAGGCUUUCAAAAGGCAGAAGACAAGCCAAGGAAGCUGCGAGGAGAUUGAAGCUGACAAGAUCACCUCUGGUGCCAAGAAAAGUCUAAAGGAGAAAGAUGAACAGGACGGACAAGAUGACGGAGGCUGGGAAGCUGAAAGUGACGCUGACAUGAAGUCCGAGUCCGAAGAGAAGUCUGACGCAGAGCAGGACGAUAGCGCAUGCAAGCAUGGGUACAGGACAAAAACAGGCGUGCUGGAAGUUUUCAUUCAGGAAGUUGGCGCGGCUCCGGGGUUCAAACCCUACGGCCUUUUAGUCCCUCCCUGCAACAAGGUUGAGUAUCUGUUUGAGGAAAAGGUCGGACUUACCCCCUUUUCAUUCAUAGCAACUGGGGUCUACUGCGGACACGAGAGGGUGAAAGGCGGUGCCAACAUACCGUUUGUCGUGCAGAGCUAUGCUGAUGAGUCAAAGGACAUCAAAAAGCCGAAGGACUUUGACGAGUACAAGGCUUUGUUCAAGGGGACGGGGCUUACGGAGGAAACUCUCCAGUGGUUGGCGGAGAACGUGCAGGAAUACAGCUUAAACUUGUCCAACAAGUCCGAAAUCAUACCAAUACUUAAUGAGCUAGCCAUGUACCAGCGGUGGCUCGUGAAUGGGCUUUGCUACAGCGGAUAA